GCGAUGCACAGCAAGGACAGCGUGCAGCUGUCGCUCAAGCGCGCCGCACCGGACCAGCGCCUCUCGGUCGGCCUCUUCGUCCGCUGGUUCGCCUUGAUCUGGCUGCAAGUCUUCUUCAUCCUCCCGGCCCGCCUCUUCAUCGAGUUCAUCGCGUUCCGCUGGUUCUCGCCCGUCGUCCACCACGUCGGCCGGCCGCUGUUCGCCCACUUCCUCAUCAAGCUCACCCAGUUCAACGUCACGCGCGGCGUGCCCGCCCAGAUCCGCAUCCUCGUCAACAGCACGCGCUCGUACGCCCUCGCGCACGCGACCCCGACGUUCCUCAAGGCGGGCAAGGGCUGGGCGCGCAAGGUCCAGGUCAACGGGACGGCCGGGUGGUGGAUCGGCGACCCUCAGCACGACCAGGCCAAGGCCGACGUCGUCGUCUACUUCAUCCACGGCGGCGCGUUCCUGUUCGACUCGGGCGCCAACUCGCACGAGUUCUUCCUCUCGGUCAUCCAGGACAUCAAGGACAAGCACGGCCUUGACGCCUCGGUCUUUGCGCUCGACUACAAGCUCCCGCCCGAGUACUGCUACCCGUCGCAGCUCGUCGAGGCGCUCGCAGGCUACCACUACCUCGUCAACAACGUCGGCAUCUCGGAGAGCAAGGUCAUCGUCGCGGGCGACUCGGCCGGCGGCAACCUCGCCGAGGCGCUCCUCCUGCAUCUCGCUCGCCCGGCCGACGAGGUCAAGCUCCCCGAAGAGCUCGGUGCGACGCCCAAGCAGCCAGGGGGCGUCCUCCUCGUGUCGCCGUACCACAACCUGUACUCGGCGUCGCACUCGCUCAAGACGAACGGCACGUUCGACCUCCUCGACUCGACUCUCGCCGCUCGCGCCGCCUUCAGCUACAUCGGCGCCGCCGACCGCCUGCCGGCGUCGUACCAGUUCCAGAUGCCGAGCCUGUCCCCCCUCUACCUCGUCAUGUCGCCUCAACGCGACCUCCCACAUCCGGCCAAGCACCUCGCCGGCGUGUUCGGCUUCUCGGACAUCGAGGGAAUCGAGCUGUUCCGCUCGCCGUACGUCAACCCGGCCGUUCAGCGCGACGCGAGUUGGUGGAAGGAGGCGAUGCCGGGUGGAGGGAGGACCAUGGUGACGUGGGGCGGCGUCGAGAUCCUCGCCGACGACUGCGAGGAGCUGUACAACCAGCUCGAGCAGGCCGGCGUCGAACCCGCCAAGCUGUACAAGGAGCUCGGCAUCCACGACUGGGUCCUCCACGACUGGUUCCUUCCGCUCUCGUGGCGCACCAAGACCAAGGGCGCCGAGGGCAGCUUCUACUACGGCCGUGACCGCGUCGUCGACCUGCUCAACCUCGUCGCCUCGUCGGCCAAAUCGGCCGAGUCGGCGAGCCAGCGCAAGGCGCUCGAGUCGGCGCACGUCGCGUCGGCGCACGAGGCCAAGACGACUGCUCCCGCCGGCCAGGACGACGGCGACAACGAGUCGACGUCAGUGUCGUCGUCGAAGCAGCAGCAGCAGCAGCAGCAAGCGUUCCUCGACCGCGCGACUACGCCCAAGGCGCCCUCGGCCCCUGGCGACUCGUCCUUCGCGGACGUCGCGGCCGACAGCGAGCACAUGGCGCCUGAUGCGCCCGUCGUCGCCGAGGGCGAGCAGGCGACGAUCGUCUCGGUCGAGGAGCAGAAGGAGCGGGCCGAGCGCGAGCAGGAGGCGCACGACCAGGCGCCGACGACGCGCGGCCCGUCGUUCGCCCACGUCGCCGCCGACGACUCGCACGUUGCGCCUGACGCGCCUGUCGUCGCCGAGGGCGAGGGCGCGACCAUCGAGCGCUCGAGGGCGGGCGAGCCGGCGCACAACGGCGAGCCGCAGCCGUCCACCUCGAUCGAGACGCAGCCGGCGCAGACCGACUCGGAGGCCGCGUCGUCGCCUACGGUGUCGCACGUCGAGCUCGACUCGCCGCAGAACGAGCACGAGCACGGGCACGAGCGCGAGCCGUCGCACCUGUCGGCCGAGGCGCCCGCGUUCGAGCCCGCGCACCCGGCGCGCGAGCCCGAGCAGCCGGCGGCGAGCGCGUCGUCCAAGUCGGCCAAGAAGAAGCAGAAGCAGAGGGCCAAGGCCAAGGCCAAGGCGGCCGCGUCGUCGUCGUUGUCGUCGAGCGGGCCCGCACCCGUCCCUGCGCCGAGUGCGGCGGCGUCGACGGCGCCCAACGGCUCUGGGUCGUACGCCGCCAUUGCGUCUCACGACGACCACGUCGCUGCGGAUGCGCCUGUCGUUGCCGAGGGCGAGGGCGACACGAUCCAUCGGCGCGAGUGAGGAGGAGGAGGAGGAGGAGGUGCGAGUGCUUGAGGAGGGUCCGACCGCCGGUGUCGAGGGAGGAGGGGUGUGUCGCUUUCGCCGUGUGUAUAGUCGCAACUAGUCGCUCGCUUGCAAACCGUCGUUCGUCCGC